AUGUAUUUUAAUUAUAUUAUAUUAAUCUUCUUUGGUAGUAUUAUUAAUUUUGUUUAUAAUGCUAACCCAAGCAAUGUAUCAAUAAUAAAUAAUAAUGUGUCUGGUGCGCCGCAAGACUUGAGAGUUGAAAUAUUUGAUGAGUUUGGAAAUAUUAAUGACGAUAAUAGUCAUGAUAGCGUGUUAAAAUUUAACUUUUCGUGGUUGCCUCCAUCCUCAUGGUACCCUACAUCAUACAGUAUUUUUAUAAAUUCCAUGACAGUUGACCAAAAAAAUACAAUUAGUUGUCCAGAAGAAAGUAUUUUUUAUACAACAACAGAUGAUAAUCUAUUUAAUAUUGUUCUUCCUGAGAAUUCACUGUUAUCAGAUAUUAACAUAACAGUACCAACUUGUAUAGGAAAAUUAUGUAAUUGUGAUGAAGCUUCGAAAUUACUUCCUUCAGUUGAGGUAAAUGCAUCUAUUCCCGACUCCAAAAGUAUUCUUAUUUCAUGGAGUACAAUACAGUUAUUGAAUGCAACAGCUAUUUCUUCAUUCAUCGUCGGAUACUCAAUACCGAUUUUAAUAUCUAAAAAUGGAAUUCCAGUGUACAAUUUGACGAAAUUAACCAGCGCGCCGAGCAAUUCCCGGUCAUAUAUCUGGCAUACAGAACCAUCAGUUAAUUCAAUUUUUGAUAAAGAGAUGAAAAUUUUUGUCGCUGCUGAAGAUAUUUACGGAUGCCGCGGUCGAAUGAGUUAUUAUACUAUUAAAACAGACGUCCAACCACUUCUGAUGUCAAUCACGUACAGUAAUCAAUGGAUUAUAUGGAGCACAGUACUUGUAAUUUGCUCAAUAAUUAUUGGAUUGUUCACUUAUAUUCGGAAUCGAGGUCAUGAAAAUUACAAAUUCAUUUUAUCAAAUCACGUCACGUCUGGCAUUAGUAGCAUCAGAAUAUCAGAAAGAAACGGCUGGAUAAAUACUGUUCUAAAGAAGAAAAACAUGCUUUAUGCAGAUGAAAUUAUCGAGACGACGGAAACGAUAGCCGAUGGCUACGAAAUAUCGUAUGACCGUAUUAAAAUUUCAAGUGAACUCGGCAAAGGGCAGUUCGGCAAAGUUUACUUAGGCUAUUUAGACUCUGUAACUAAUAAUAAUAAUAAUAAUAAUAAUAAUAAUAAUGAAGAAGAGGAAAGUGGUUUUCCAGUAGCCGUAAAAAUGAUGAACCCGGGGAAUGUUGAUGACAAGACAGAGGCGCAUCGUCAAUUGGUUUACGAGAUUGGGACAAUGAAACGUGCCGGAUCUCAUCCACAUCUUGUUAAACUUAUUGGCUGUUGUACGAAACUUGAGAAUCCAAUUUGU